GGGUCUCCCUCUCUUUCGUCUCCUUCACCUCGUGAUCACACGAGGCUUGGAGCGCGCGCCAUGCCUCAGCUCACGACAUUCAUCGAUGAUCGGGUCCCCCUCAUCCAGUACGACAGUAAUUGGAUCCAGGGAGAUUCACAAGUCGAUAACUUCGCCAGCAAUUAUUACUUCGGCACAUGGACAGACACCAACGUAACCGGCUCGACGGCCACAUUCAACUUCAACGGGACGUCUGUCACCAUUCUCGGUUCUGAGAGGCCCAACCAUGGCACGUUCUCCGUCGAGCUCGAUGGGCAGAAUCAAGGCUCCUACAACGGCGGCCAGACGAACGGAGCCAACCUCUUCCAGGUGCCGCUUUUUGAGAAGGACGGGCUUACUCAGGGUCCGCAUACUGUAUCGAUUACGAAUACGCAAGUCGGGGACUAUCUUGAUAUCGACCUGGUCAAGUGGACAAGCUCAAUCGGCGAUGAUGAUGACACGCUGGUGCAGAGUGUCAUCGAGGACACGGACUCGAGCUUUUCUUACGACAGCUCGUGGAACAAUAACCCACAGAAUGCGUACAUGUACAGCGGCUCGUCGGGGCACACGACGAGCAACAACGGCGGCUCCGCCACCCUCACGUUCACCGGCGACGUUGUAUCGCUAUACGGUACCGUCGGCCCAUCAAACGGGGCGUUUUCGGUGCAGAUCGAUGGCGGGGUGACGACCAAGUACAAUGCGACAUCGGUUAUCACGAUGUACCAGUACAUGCUCUUCCACGCGGACAGUCUCGGCGGCGGGCAGCACACGCUCAAGCUUAUGAACCAGGGCACCUCGAGUCUGAACCUCGACUACGCGGCGGUGAUGGCACUGAGCAAGACGGGCGGCGGGAGCUCGAGAAUAUCAUCAGGUGCAGCAGCAGGCAUCGGCGUCCUCGCCGCGACGACCGCCAUCGGCUUCCUCCUCGCCGCGUUCUUCUUCCGCAAGUGGCGCAACACUGGCCCGCAGCGCGACUGGCCCGAGCCGAAGCACGACACGCUCCCCUACACCUCCUCCGGCCCCGCCGCCGGGCAACCGGGGCGCGGGGCGCCGACGUCCGCGACGUUCAGCAGCGCACCGCAGCCCAUGUCACCGCCGCCCGUCGUCAGGGGCGCGGUAUACCCGCCACAUCUAGGGCAAAACGAGUCGGUCUCGCAUGUGGAACGGUACGGCACGUCGGGGAUGAAUAAUUACAACGUGGGUGGAGGUGCAGGCGCGGGCCCGUCGUCGUCGGCAGCGGGAGGGAGCGACUAUAGCGCGGGGUACGAUCCGUACAUGCAGCAGCACAACCAGCGCCUGGUCGGCGUCUCCCGCUCGGACGUGAGCCAGCCGCUGUUGCAUGGGGAGAGCGGGCCGCCGUCGCCGAGGGCUACUUCCGAGCCCGACAACGCUGUCGGCCGCGCACUACCGCAUGUCCCUGGGGGCACUGUGACGGGCUACAACGAGAAGCGGGCGCGGGCGGGCGAGCUCGGCUCUCUCUCGGGCACCGUGCGCAUUGCGCCGCCUGCGUAUUCGCGGGACAUCGAUGAUGAUCUCGUAGGACAAUGAUGGAUAGGUGACUCUGCUCUCGUUCCUGACCUUUCUGUCCGCCUCAACUAUCAUUGAUUGGUUUUCGAUUUCUUGGUUUUCAUACCCAUACAUCCUCCAUCCACGUAUACACAUACACGCGCAUAUACUCGGCCUACCACAGUGGUACUACCAGGAGUGGACAGUGACGCCAAGUGCACCUUGUGCUUUCGAUCUGAAUUGUAGCCAUAGUAAAUAUUCUUGCUCUAAUCACCCUCACCUGUCUCUAUCUCCAAUUGCCAUUUACAGUACCACCCGCUCAUUUUCACGAAACAUGUGCGGACAUUUAUUUCUAACGAUCACACUCUUUGCUCUCAGACAUACACUGAUAGG